ACUGGCUCACGCGCCGGCCUCCACUGUAGUUUCAGUCCCUGUGGCGGAGUUGCGGCAGUAGCAGCAGACUUCAAUGUGCAGAAGAGCUGCUUAAUUUCUUCUUAAUACCAGCCUUCGGGUGUAAUGGAAAAACGGUUUGUAAAUGCUUUUUAAGAAUCAUCGCUCAAGGAAAUCACUCACUGCCUACACUGCAGGCCCUGGGCUUGAGUCUUAUUUGAAGGGGUUUAACUUCACUGGCGAGCCACCUUGGCUACUCUGCAUCUGAGAAACUGCAAAACCAUAUUUCACUUCUCCUGUAGCCAAUUUACUUAAUAAAUCAAAAGAACCAAUGAAUACCAUGAAUACGUUUGCUGUCACGGACUUUGAAUUCUCAUUCUUGGAGGAGGGAUUCUCUGCCCCUGACACUAUUGAACAGAAAAUCAAUGAGUCGUCACAGACCGAUGACAGAGAUGCUUUUUAUGUUUGUGACUUGGGAGAUGUGACUAAAAAACACCAACGCUGGAAAAGGGCAUUACCUCGUGUCACUCCUUUCUAUGCUGUCAAGUGCAAUGAUAGUUGGCCGAUACUUAAAACGCUGGCAUCUCUAGGAACUGGCUUUGACUGUGCAAGCAAGACGGAGAUUCAACUGGUUCAGUCUCUGGGUGUAGAUCCAAGCAGGGUCAUAUAUGCCAAUCCCUGCAAGCAAGUUUCUCAGAUAAAGUAUGCAUCUGCCCAUGGGAUUCAGAUGAUGACCUUUGAUAGCGAGGUGGAACUGAUGAAAGUGGCUCGCUAUCAUGAGAAUGCCAAGCUGGUGCUGCGCAUUGCCACUGAUGAUUCAAAGGCGUUGUGUCGUCUGAGUGUGAAGUUUGGGGCCCCACUGAAGUCUUGCCGAAGUCUCCUAGAGCGUGCUAAAGAACUGGGCCUGGAUGUAAUUGGUGUCAGUUUCCAUGUUGGCAGUGGCUGCACUGACCCAGAAACGUACACCCAGGCUAUUGCUGAUGGACGUUUAGUUUUUGAUAUGGGGAAUGAACUAGGUUUUAACAUGCACCUAUUGGACAUUGGUGGUGGUUUCCCUGGUUCAGACAAUGGACAACUCAAAUUUGAAGAGAGCACAAGCGUCAUCAACUUAGCCUUGGACAAGUAUUUCCCUGAUGAGACUGACAUCAAGAUCAUCGCCGAGCCAGGCCGCUAUUAUGUGGCAUCUGCUUACACACUCGUGGUAAACAUCAUAGCAAAGAAGGUCAUCAUGGAUGAAGACUUGGGCUCUGAUGAAGACGACAAAGAGACCAUAGACAAGACUCUGAUGUAUUAUGUCAAUGAUGGAGUUUAUGGAUCUUUCAAUUGCAUAUUAUAUGACCAUGCAGAGUGUUUGCCAAUACUACCUAAGAAGCCAAAACCUGAUGAGCUCAUGUACCCCUGCAGUAUCUGGGGCCCAACCUGUGAUGGACUUGAUCGAAUUAUUGAGCAGUGUUACCUACCUGACCUGCAGGUGGGUGAUUGGCUAGUCUUUGACAACAUGGGUGCCUACACUGUGUCUGCGUCCUCCACUUUCAAUGGCUUCCAAAGGCCGGACAUCCACUAUGUUAUGUCCCGCUCUGCUUGGCAAAAAAUGCAGCAGAUCGGUUCCCAGGCCAUUCCAGCUUCUGUGGAGUCUUGCCUGUUUGAAAUACCAGCCUGCUGUGGCAGAGAGAGCAGCUUGGAGAUACCUACCAAACCAUGCCAAGCCCAUGUGGUUUAAUCACAUUGUAUGCUGCAAAUCUAGAAUUUGUUUUGUAAAUUAUUCAGUUAUUUUGUUUGCUCAACAUUUCAUGGCCAGUUACUUGACGGAAGAAUGAGAGGGACCCAAUGCACAUUUCUAUGUUGUAUAGAAGCUGGGGAUUAACCUUCACUAAAUGAGGCAGUCACAUUUUGCGUUCAUCCAUAGGUUCCAGGCAGAGUGUUAAAAGGUAGUCACCUACUUGAAUUUGCUCUAUCUUUUGUCUGAUUUGGGGACAUGCCUAUCAAUACUGGAAUUCCGUUAUGCAGAAAAAAGUUGCUGAAAUAGGGUAAUGUGAAAGAGGAGGCAUGGCAUGAGGGCAUCACAGGUAAAGUCCAUGCAGUAAAGGGUUAGUCCUUCAAUGGUCAUUUAGCAUAGGUUGUUUGUAGCUUUGAUGGACUGGCCUGUAAAAGCCAAGGUUCAAGUAUUUGGUGGCGCUGAGAUGUUUGAAGGGGUGAUUAUCCUCAAAGAAUAGCUGCUAUGUUGUUUUCCGUAUUUGCCUCUCCUGUACAGAGACCGCCUUAAGUGUUAAUCCUCAAGAUGAUAACUUAACUAUUUAUUACUUUGUUAAACUGACAUUAAUGUAAUGCGUUGUGUAAGUCUUGUGCUUUUAUACAGCUCAUAAAUACCGCCAUUACUUAUAACUUGCAUAACUGUGGUCUGCAUAUUCAAGCACAAUAUAUUGUUAUUCUGUGCUAAUAUAGCUGCAGGAAUUGACUUGCUAGAGCUCCUUUAUACUAGAUAACCAUUUCAGCUCCCUGCAACUUCCCGAUGUUCAUAUUUGUACCAGUCAUCAGAUUCUACAAGUGCUGCCAAAAGCAAGUCUUGAAGAUUAACAUUUCAAACAUGGGGACUCAAGAGAUCAAACAGCACCUCUCUUGUUUUUCAUUUUAUGUUUUUGUAAGUUCUUGAAAGCAAAAUAGCUGUUAAAUUUACAAUUGGGUGUUCGGCUAUAUGUUUGGAAUGGAUACAAAAGAGAUGGGAUUGCAAAUUCAUGAUGCGUUCCUAUGGAAACUUUUGAAGUUUUGUAUUUUUUUAAUAAAUAACUUGUUAGGUGCAUAACCAGA